AUGGGUGCAUGGGGGUAUGGGGACAUGGGUGUAUGGGGGUAUGGGGACAUGGGUGCAUGGGGGUAUGGGGACAUGGGUGCAUGGGGGUAUGGGGACAUGGGUGCAUGGGGGUAUGGGGACAUGGGUGCAUGGGGGUAUGGGGACAUGGGUGCAUGGGGGUAUGGGGACAUGGGUGUAUGGGGGUAUGGGGACAUGGGUGUAUGGGGGUAUGGGGACAUGGGUGUAUGGGGCUUACCCAUCUUGCCCUCCCCACCCUCACUUCCCACCUUCUUCCUUACCCUUCCUGCCCUCCCCUCCCUGCCCGUCCUCCUUUCUUGCCCCCCUGCCCUCCCGCCCUCCCCUUGCCUGCCCUCUCCUCUCUCUCCGCUCUGCAGCGACAUAUCCAACAACAGCUUCACGGGGCCCUUCCCCUCCGCCAUGCUAUCUGCACCGCAAUACAAGAGGCUGUACGCAUGCACACGUGCCAUGCCCACCCCUGCUGCAUGCAUGCUCUCUCACUUUUGCACGCUCAUCUCAGCCUCGCACACCCCGCACUGCACGUGCUCAUUUCAGGCUGUGCCACACCCAAAUGCGGUGCUUGCACGCACUGGCCAACUGCAUGGGGCACCCCUGCAGCCCCACUCUAGUCUCCUGCACUCUCCUAUCACAUGUGCAUCUCCCAUCUCGUUUUCAAAUCUGGGUCCAUGA